GACUAGUGCGCAGAAUCUUGACAGGAUCCCUCCUCCCGGAAGUUUCUGGACCCUCUGCGUGUAGAUGGCGUCACCUUAAACAGCUCCACGCGGGUGUCGGAAAUACGGUUAGCGAUUGAUGAAGCGAUUUUCCUGCGGACAAUGGCAAAGAAUAAACUAAGAGGGCAGAAGUCCAGGAAUAUAUUUCACAUCGCGAGCCAAAAACACUUUAAGUCUAAAAACAAAGCAAAACCAGUUACCACAAAUCUUAAGAAGAUAAACAUUGUGAAUGAGGAAAAAGUUAACAGAGUAAAUAAAGCUUUUGUAGAUAUACAAAAGGAACUUGCACACUUCUCAAAAGGCCUUUCCCUCGAACCUCUGCAAAAACAACUGAUUCCUCAGCAGCAUCAUGAGAAUGAACCAGUUAAUGUUGAUGAGGCUACAAGAUUAAUGGCUCAGUUGUAAUACAGUGGUGAUACAUCAAAUUCCCCCCCAAAAAAGACCAAUAAAUUUAAUGUUUUAUACAACAACUUUAUUUUUAAAAAUCUUGUUAAUGUACAGGCAUUGGCACAUUUUAAAACAAACUACAUAAACAGAUCUUUCCUAUAAUCCAGGAAAGUGGAAUGUCAGAAGUCAACAAAAUGUGAUAAAGUGCUAAAACAAAAGGCACUUCACAAAACCUGUUCACUGAAACAGUUAACAUGUCCUAGUUUACAUCUUUCACUUUAAAAGUGGCAGUGAGUGUCGGGCUGGAUUGGAAGAACACAAAGUAGUACGGUUUUGUGGCUGUAAAAAUAUGACACACAAGUGAUGAGCCCUUGGCCAGUAGUUUCGUUUUUGAUGACCUGAAGUCGACUUUUAACUUCCCUCUCAUAAGAGGGAAAAAGAGAAGGAUUCAGAAUUGGGGGGAAAAGUAAGUUGAAAUCCCAGAAAUUAUCAGGGGGUAGCAGGUGGCAUUAAAUCACUCUUUUCCCCUGAAGCAAUAAGCCCUUUGUAUUUAUGGUUGAAGUCUUAUCAAGUAAAAAAGAAAGUAUUAGGGAAGAAGACUUCACAAUCAGUGAACUAAAAAGGUGUUACAUUCAUUAUUUUAAAUACUUAUGUUAUUGAGAAGUCUAAAAUGUUACAAAGUUAGAGGUAGAUAACAGUCCCAAGUUUCCGUGGAAUCUAAUAAUUUAGUAUCUGGACAUCAAACAGAUCACAGACUCCUUCAUUAUCAUCUAAAUUAAAGUUGUAGUCAUCUGCCAGAGUAGGAGAAAGCCGUAAGAGAGGGAACACUGCAAGCAAAGAAAAAUAAAA